AUGAUCUGCAACCAUCAGUGGCUACCUUUAAGGUAGCCACUGAUGUAGACCGUAUAUACGGUCUGUUAAUAUACGACUGGUACACCAGUUCGAUUUUCUGUGUACAAAAUUUAAAAUGAACAUCUCAGUCUGGGGUUAUUCUUUACUUCCCGUCCCCUUUUGCUCGGCCUCUUACGCGUUCAUCCAUAUCGUACCCCUCCUUAGAGAAGAACGCGGUUGGACUAUGCAUGUAUGGAAUAGGUCGUGACUUUUUGUUCCUUUUGCUCUGUGCUCUCAAACGUUUUUCCUCCGACCGAAUACGAGUGCGCAGUAACAUUGUUUCUCCUACCUUGGCUACUGCCGAAACCAAACUUUAAGCUAUCUUAAGCAUUACUCAAUUUCGAGUAAUGCUUAAUCUUGGUUCUCUGUCUUCUAUUGCUCCCAACUUAUGUGUAUUUUCGACGCUUUUGAGGCAUAAAAUACUGGUAUCUCGAAUUCCGUAGUUGUCCCACAAGUCGUCGCAUUUGUGAGCGGACAGUUUGCCCUCCGGCCACAUCUGCUGCACUUGCCCAAAACUCACUUGCACUCGAUGGGUUAGAAAAUUGGAUCUCCAUAAACGUCAGAUGGCCUUUACCACUUACGGGUCGCGAUGUGCUAUCCAACUUCAUCUCUAGUGUUGAUUUCAACUAUAUUUUAACUGGAAUGAGCGAAGUAACGAGGCAUUGUCAUCAUUGCUGUCCGCAGCCUGAUUCAGGGCAUAAGUGCCGAGUAUAGCGAUCAAGAACUAAUGCCACUUCGAGGUAGUCUGUCGGCGAAUAGUUUGUGGCAAGGAUCUAGCGAGGUCUUGACACAGUGGUGCAAAACUAUCUGAGCUUGUUGUACUUUUGUAAAUAAGGCACUGACGGUACUCCUUUAUCGGGAGCUACGUACCUGCAAUCAAAGGGCAUUUGUGCACCUCCUGGCAAGAGGACCACAUUAUGACUGCAAAUGGAACUCGUUUUUUUAACUUACUGCACUCUUAUUCAGUUUUUAACUGGCGUCACCGCGAUUUACCAUCUCCCUUCUUGGACUUUUCUGUUUUAUCUUAUUUGCAUGAUGUCUAGAAACCAUAACAUGUCGUAUUUCGAGGGUUUUUGUCUUACCUUUACCGACGUCUGUGCGGAAAGAUGACUUCGUGAACUGCCUAAUGACUUUCUAAUUUUCUAGAGAAACGGGCUUCUGCGAGGACCGGAUUCCAUUUUACGCACCAACGUUCCUUAUCCCAGUGAACAUGUCGAUAAUCACAAAGUCAACUCUUCGGAGUUUGAUCGCCCUCAGGAGCAGCUUCUCAGGUUGCGUAACAUUAAACGCGCGUACGCUAUCCUCACCACUUUUGCUGGCCGAGGGAUCGCGAAACAGUAUUUUAUAUGCGCACCACAGCUUCUAUCAGCCAUCCUUUAUUCCCCGACGCAGCAUCACGAACUCGUCAGAGGAGAAACCGGCCACUCCACAAGAGCAGAAAAGCCAGGAGGCACCAUCAACGGAGAAGCCAACACUAAUUCAGCGGUUCAAGCAGGCCUACAAGGUUUACGGCAAGGUUCUAAUAGUAGUACAUGGGGUCACUUCAGCAGCUUGGCUGGGGGCCUUCUACUGCAUAGCCCUAACGUAAGUGUUUUUUUGAUCAACUUCCGUUUCCUUUUGACUUACACUGCUUUUAUAUCAGGCUUCAAGUAAUAGAUUUCACCGGCCUCUGUUCUGCCGAUUUGGGUUGUCAGUGCUUUCCAAGCGUUUUUGUAGUGCUGACCAAGCUUUCGAAAGUUAGUGCGCACACAAAUUAAAACACGUGCCGGGACUUUCAGCUAGUAUCGGUGCUGUCAGUACAGCAAAUUUUCCAGUAUAUACAUAUUUAUGGCAGCCUAUUGGCAGUUUACGUGUAUUAAACGGCUAUUCUGCUGUAGCUGAUGAAUUCGGACCCAUCUUAUUAUAUCAACUUCCGGACUGAGCAGAUAAAGCUUGAUUUCAGUCGAUUUAUUUCAAGCUAGCAAUUAAUUUCUGAGGAGCUUAAAAAUUGAAAUCAAUCAAGUUUUUUUUGAAAUAAUUGAAAUCAGUACGAAUAUUGCUCAGAAUUUAUUCCUCAUUUUUCACUGUGGCUUCCGAGCUGUUAAUGCCAUCUAAUUACCUGAGUCCUCCAUACGAAAGCCUCUUGACUGUUUUUCGUUCAUCGAAAGUCCAAAGUGGCUCUACGGAGUCAGCUGGUUAACGCGCCUAUCCGUUGUUCAUGCCUGCCCAAAAUUCCGCAUCAUAGCUUAUCUUAAAAGAUAACAACAAACAUUUAAAACACCAAUUGGCCUCUGAGGCAUCAGCCAGUGGUGCCAAGUAAGGGACGAUUUCCGCGUCUUCACAUUUUGUGAUUGCCAUUUACCGUUCCAAUGGAAAAUCUGCAGUGAUUACUCACGAAACUGCACUCAUUCGGGCCACGAACCUGUUUUCUUGUUGCCCAGUCGCUACCGUCUGCCAUGACUUCCUCUGUAGAGGAUUAAAUCCGUGGUUUUUCUCAGCGCUGUCGAUGCAAUGUCGGUCCCUCUAUGCGAUGCUCAUUUUCUUCCAAAAGUUCUCAUAUUUCCUCCACGAUUUCUCACUGACUGAAGUGCGGUGAUUCGCCAACAAAGUGAUAUCGACAUCGUGCUGCGCCCCAGCACAAGAAUGCAUGCCGGAAUAACUUUGUUUUAGAGUUGGCUAUUAUUUACUAUGCUACUUUAUAGCUGUGUUUUUAUCGGCGGCAAAAACUCAAACGACGAGACCUAAUAAUUCAAACGUCCCAUUCAUUUUAUCGCCCAUACAGAUUAGAGUCAGCACUUCUGUGAAGUGUCGUCUGAUCUUUAACUGAUUGGAACGCCAAUGUUGUCCUAUUUAUCAGGGCAUUCUUAGAUUGUAAUUUCGAUGACCCCGGGAGUAGGCUCCUCCGUCAGCUUUACGCUUGUACCUAAACGCAGUUGACAGACAUUGGCCACGCUUAGCACGUCACCUUUGGCGGAGUGCAGUCUCUAGUGAGCGAGGUCGCUAAUUCGGUUGGUUUGCCCACCAACACAUGAUUGGUGAUUUUCAGCUGACUGGGGUGAACAGUUGCAAAUAUCUCGAAGCUCAGUAAGGACUACACAGCCGCCACAAUAAUUAUUGUUAGCAGGGCGUAGAUAUACAUGCUUGUGAACUUGUCUCGAUGCUUUAAUCAUUGAAAGAAAUUAACGCAUAUCUUUCAGCCCUCCACUGGUGUGGAUGCUGGAUUGUGUGGGCAGAAGACCGCUGAGAAGUGUGUGCUUUCGACUAACGUUAUUUGUGCUUAUGACGCAGCAAUCAUGAUUGAUUCGGCGCGCUCAGUGCCGCAGGUUCGUCGCAUCACGGACGGUUGAAAUCGGUCGCCAAAUUACUCCCAAGCCAAGCUGUGUCAUUUGACGCGUCAGCCCCGCUGACCACAAUGCCAGAGAUGUUCUUGAGACAAGCUGUCGCUGCGUCCAUCCACAGUUUAAUUUCGCCGCCUCAUUUUCACCAGUCGCGGCCUGAGUUUGAUUGAGAUAACGGCUUGAGCGGUUUCGCGUCCAGCUUAGUGCAUCACUUGGCUGAGUGAUCUGAUUUGGCAAUUAAGAGGUCGCGGUCGACCGGUUCUAUUUUUGACUGCCUAUGUAGUUGUUAUUUAAAGACACGAUCAGGGAUACAGAUUCGGACAAUGGGUCACAAGCACUGCCUUCUACUGCACGGACCGUAUAGCUCAUUCGUAUGGAAGGCUUGUUUUGAAAAAAGCCUCGCAGCAAGUUCUUCAGAAUGAUCUCACUCCGAUUCCAUUGUAUAUUUCCGAUCGAAAACUGACAGGGCAAUGGGCUCGUGGCCCAGUGGUUAGAGGCGUGGACUUUUAACUAGCAGGUCGCGAGUUCAAGCCUCGAGUGUUCCACACUUCGAGAUUGGAUAUGACUGGCUGACGACGACCAAUAAGCCAGAAAUGACCAUUCCAGUCUUCCUUGUCUUUGUCGGUAAUAAAAUACAAUUUGGUCUUCCCACCGUUUACGUAUGAACCGUCCGAAGUAAUGACUUCAUUCCCCCGUGGUAACGCAGUAGAUCCUCAAAACUUGUGACGUGUAAGGCGAUAUCGUGAGCGUAGUCUAGGCCAGUCAGCUGGCAUCCUGGUACAAAGACCACACCUUCAAAGCCGUGUAGGGCCCUUCUGGGGUGCCAGUCAAUUGCGAUGUUUAACAGAAUGUGUGACAGGAUGCAUCCUUGUGGAACAUCAAAUAGGACAUUGAACGGUUGGGAGAGAUCGUUAUGAACCAGAAGUCGCGCAGUGGUGGAGCGAUGGAAUGCUUUUAUCAUGACGAUGAUUUUCGCCAACACACCAUAAAUUCCAAUUAUUCGCCACAGAGACUCGCGAUGAAUGCAAUCGAACAAUAAGGCGCAGUCAACAAGGCAGACAGCCUUCGGUUGCUGGUAGCCAUAGCGGAAUCCCAGAAUGCGCCUCAGUGUGGAUAUCUGGUCCGCGCAUCCACACCAAACUUGGAAUCCGGCUUGGUUGGGCCUUGUCCUAGAGUUCCGCACAGACUAGAAUCGUCUGAGAAGCAGAAAAGUGAAGACCUUCGCGGAAACGUCGAUUAGGCUUAUGCCGUGGUAGUUCUCGCAGUUUGUAUCAUUUCUCUUCUUCAGACAGGCACAACGAUGUCUGAGGCCCGGUCAUUAGGAACUACCCCAUCUAUUCAGGCUCGUUCAAUCACCUGAUGGAACCAGAUCUCAAGAGCACCGACACAAGACCUGUAGAUCUCAACAGGAACACCGUUCUCUUCAGGCGCCUUGUAGUUGUGCAGCCUCCGUAUUCCAUCGCCAACUUCCCCCUCAGAAUAGUGGGUUUCAAGACACUUCAUAAGUUGGAGAAGGCUACAAUUCUGUGACAUAGGAGAGCGAAGGUGUGAUGGGUUGCUCAUAAAAGUUGAGGUGCUCUCAGUGCUCACGCCGGCUAUCGACCUUGGCAUAGUUGUCAGCAGUAAGGCCGCCAUUCACAUUGCGAACAGAGUCACUAAGUGUUGAGGGCUUGCAACGAACUUUGUGAGUAAUUUGCUAGUUUUCUGGCGUCACCGACGUUUGAGGCCUGCUCCACGAAGAUCGCUGUUUCAGCCAAGUAUGCCUACCGAUCAUCCAUAGCCGGCUUUGCUGUCAUUUUCCGGAGUUGAUGGAAGGAAGCGUCGUUGUGGGACCUGACUCGAGCCGUCUGGGCAGACGACUGCAGGGUUCUUCCUCUGGUCAAGUCAUCGCAAUGUCGCUAUCAUGUGGACUGAUGGCUUCCGUGAUGAUCAUCUGCCACUGCCCUGUCUGCCGACUCGCGUCACAAAACGGGACCGGAUUUGAGUGCUUAGGGCCUCGGCAGAGAUGGGUUGUCGAAGUCUCGCAAUAUCAAGGCGUCUCGCACGUGGUAUUUUGGGAACAGAUGAGAGGCGUGUGUGUGAAAGAGAACAUGGGUGUUACCAGUUUCAGCACCACACAUCGAUCUGCUAUCGUCAACCCAGCCCCCGAACGUUGAACCAACUUGGACUUUUUUGUCGGUCUGAUCGGCCGUAUGGCUGUUGUUGAAAUGCCAAGCCAGCAGAUGCUUGUGGCGAUGACGGAAACACGUGUUGGUGAAAAACAGUCGGUUCUGAUAAGCAAAAUUCAGUAUCUCACCGUCGUUGCAUUGAGAGCCAUACGCGAAACGGCCAAUAAGGCGACUGUUAAAAGAGUCGCCGGAUCCAGUCCGGUCAUUCCAGCCUCCGGGAGUCUUUCAGCGAACUCCUGCAGCUGCGAGUAGGUGUUAGUGCGUACGCGGAGACGACAGGGGUGUGCGUCAUUGACUGAUUCACAUGCAGGAAGAGCAAGGUUUGUUCUGAGAGGGCGAUAGUUACACCGUGUCUACCAGGAGAGUUCCGUUGGCCGCGGUGGUACAGGGUGCAGUGAGACUUGACUCUAAGGAUCUUUGCUACCCUUGCGCCGAAUUCUGGGAUUCGGACUUUAGACAUGCGACAGACACCCACAUUGUACUCAUGAAAACUGCGCGCCGUCAGUCUUUUGGUGCCAGGGUCCAAAAACGUAUAUUUUAGCAUCUUCUGCCGAGAGUCCGUUCCGGGUUGAAUAGUCCAGUUCGCAUACCGUCCACCCGCACUACUAAAUGAGGGUUGCGGAGCGCGCCGGUUUCAGCAGACGCCGUAGCAUUGAUCAUAAUACUGUAGUCGGACACUUUCGUGAUGUUUCUUGAGGAUUUUGGGUACAGGCGGGUCUCCAACAGCCGCUCGAAUUGUUUUUUCUAGGUUGUCCUCUCCAGCGCUUUGGCUCAAGAACCAUAAGGCACCGAUAAUAAGAAAACUUGUUUAAUGGCGGUUUACGGUCGCCAUGUCACAGUGUCGUCAUCGGGUUUUGCCGUACUUUAGAAGGCAUUCGGCCUGCCAGACCACCGUCCUCCAUGUCCUGGUGGUAGUGUCACUGCUGAUCCCUGACUCCUUAUCCCUCAGCCCCGAAUGCCUGCUUUUUUUCACAGCUAACCUUCGCUGAAAGCCGUUCUUCUAUCGACUCGCCGGGUAACCAGCAGUUAGCUUUUCGGGCAACCCGUCUUCCGGUUGGCUGCUCUUGUGUCGACCGCGAGUAACAGGGUUCCCAACAGACACGCUGUGUGGAUAUCGGCGUUCCAGUGGUUGUACACUGUCACUGAGAGCGCACAGGCCCCAACAGGCAAUACGGUUUUUUCCGGUUUCUUUUUAAAUGUGGAUAUCUUGCCUGCUUACUGAGCCUCCCAAGCGCCAUUUCCGUGGACGACCUAACCUGAGUUGUGCACUGAGACACGGUACAGGCAAGCAACCCAGCGCCACCCCCUGUUUCAAGCAAAGGCCCUGGCGCGUGAAUCGAAUCUGACAAGUGCGCGAGAGACCCUGUUGGAUGGAGAGCAACAGUCACUGUCAUAAUACCGCCGUGUGGCUUGCAGCUUCUUUGCAUUGGUCGCUGAUCUGAGCUGCGUAUGGUGAUGUUGCCGCCGCCGCCGCCGCCGCCGCCGCGUGGUCAGCGAAUGCUAAUUCACCAGGCGCCAGAGUUGACUUGUUUUUCAGUUAGCUCUGGCUGAAGGUCGAUCCCCUUAUCCGACAGUUGCACCGUCACAGUUAACGACGUUCACCAUGUGCCCCAAGGAGUGGCCGCAGCGGCGGCGACUUGCGUGUGAAGGCCCACCCAGUACCCACAGCACUUUCCCCUCUCCCACCCCCUUGUUCCGAUAAUUUCAGGACCAGAGGUAGGCGCGGUCGUUCCACCAUCCGUGGAGAGGUCGGGCAGCCGACUGUGAACUGUCCGUCACGUCCACGGAUGGCUGACAGUUGAAUAACCUUACAGUGAGGGUUAGCCACAAAACGAGCCGACUCAAAGGUGUGCAAAAGAAGCAUUGGUAGAGGAGCGCUCGCCGAUCGCGUUACGGGGCUCACUCGUUUCGUUGUGCCUUAAGGGUUUCUUCUUGAGCCCGCCAGCGGCCACACAGCGGCGCGUGAUAUGGGCAGAAGGGCAUUACCAACAAAGACAAGGGAGACUAGAAUGGCCGUUUCUGCCUUAUCGCCGUCGUCAGCCAACCAUACUCAACCCUGAGGUGCGUAACCCCUGGGGCUCGAUCCUGCAACCCGCUUGUUAAAAGUCCAAUACCCCAUCUACUGAGCCACGGGCUCGUUGUCCUGGCGGUUUCGAUCGGGUAUAUACAAUGGUAGAGGGGCGCUCACCGAUCGCAUUACGAAGCUCACAAAUUAACAGUUGGAGUAGUACCAGGGCGUGUAGAAGGUUGAGGUCUGGCACGUCAGCUGCCUUCUAAAAUUACUCAAAGCCCCGGACAGUACUGUAAUCUGAUGACCGUGAACCACCUGUAAAUGGGUUCUUUUGCAGCCAGUACCCUCCGGGAUUCAAAGCGCCAGCGGAAACAGCAUAUAAGAACAGUCUGGACACCGUCGGGGACUCAUCUCUUUGGAAAGUUGGCAGGGUAUUUCAUAAAAGCGGAGCCAGCCAGAUUAGGCAUCGUUGGAGCCGCUUAGAAUAAAAACAUCAAGGUAUUUCACCUAUCUACCGCUGACUUGCGAAGUUGAAAGACAUGAGUGUGGCACCUGCCGCUUCUAAAAGCCCAUCCAUAGUGAACAUGAUGAUCACAUAUCUGGCAUAUGAUCCACUCGUGGUUGCCUUUCCUUUACCUGCGUGAGAUCAUUUAUGCAUAUACCUCCGUCAAAAAGAGAUCAGCAACAAAGCUUUGGAAAACGGCGUAAACUGGUCUUCUCUCUCCGGCCGCAAUGAAACUGUUAGACGACUUUUUAACUGUUAGCUGCAUUCGCUACCACACCACCUAUCAAAUACAUAGGCAAUCUUUACGCACUUCACCGUAGGAUUGUCACUUCAGGUAAAGCUGAUUGGUCAUGGCUUCUGCGGUGGCGUUCUGAACACUUCCAGUAAGACGCGUUUAUUUAGACUCCUUAGUGGCACACAUUCUGUUAUGUUUUGUAAGACUUUGAUGUAAGUAACGAUAACACGGAAGGUAAGAAUCUGUAUUUAGAGUGUGCUGGCGUUCAGGUUAAUUUGUUUUCUUCUUCGCCGUUCCCACCAAAUCCCCUGUGGGAUGUUCAGUGAACAGUUUGCAUGACCUUAACGGCAGCGAUAGAGAUGGCAUUCAGGCGACUGUCAUUUCUACCCAACAUAUGUACGUGGCCAAAUCUGGUGUUCUUUUUGUUUGGGAGUUCCCACCUGCGUUCAGCCGGUGCUAUUGUGUUCAGGUCCGUUGAUGCUGUUUCCUCUUGAGAUCGUCUCCGCGGCUCGACCUGCGAUUUCACUUUCCAGGAGACAAGGCCGCGGUCAGUCCAGCGUUCAACAUCUCACCCCCCCCUCCCUUGUCUCACGGUGAUGGCGCCUCCUCGCGGGUACGCAACCCACCGCAUUACGUUAGUUAGAUCGGGGAUGAAUCCAUUUUCUUUUUUGCUAUCGAAAGCCGAGAUAUGGGGUAAAUGACGAGGGUUCUGUUCUACGCAGGCCAUCAGCGGAAGGAACAAGAAUGUUAAGCAAUGUUAGUCUAAAAUAACGUUUAUGACGCCAAGCCCCAGCCUCGGCGCUUUUGUUCGUGAUCUUUCUGGAAUGCGGGGUGCUACCGGUCGUCCAACAAAAGGGAAGCGUCGCAGGAACAAAGCUACACUUUUCUUAAUCAGACAUUGUUCCAGGUAGCCUGUUGUUUCGCAUUUUGACAUUUGGGCUGGUAGUUGCCGUUUACUCAUCAUUCUUAUAUUCGCCGUCAUCAGUAGAUGUAAUGCCGUAACCUCGUAAAAGCCUUCUUAAUCUACGGACUAAAUACUUCCUGUGGGUCAAGAUGAGCCUGCCGGCUGACUAAAACGCUUUUUCGCUCACUCCCUAGUGGCUUCAAUAUCGUUGAGGUGCUGACGGCGUUGCACGCACCCGACUGGAUGCUGAAUCCCCUGCGGUCGGCUGGUGAAAGUGUUGGACUUUGGGCCACUGCUCUUGUCCUCUACAAGGUGGCCGCACCUCUCAGAUACGGCCUCACAGUCUGGUUAACUCCCGUAACAGUUAGGGCCCUCCGAGCCCGUGGAAAAGUUCCCCCCAUUGCUGAGGAGGACCGGUUGAGAAACCUGGCGCGUCAGGGUGCCAGGGAGUCACGCGAGCGACUCAAUAGGCGACUUGCGGCAUCCCGACGUCGAUUGGGACGGUAGCGCUGGCGCCCUCUACUCCACCCCCCUCUUUACCGCUUGCCCUACACCCAACAACCUUUGACCCUCAUAGAAUUGUAUUUCUCCAGGAACAAAACAUGUUAUUUCCUUUUACAAUAAUAUUGCCCACACCUUAGUCCUAUUUUAAAUCGUGCGCUCUUUUGCGGAGCCAAGGAUUAUAGUUGGGUUUAGUAGAAUUGCUAGUUUCGACUGAUUUUUCAUCACUAAACAACCACAUACUUAAGAUCCAGGUCGGAAGUACCCGAGGUUCCAAUUGGGAUCAUUCGGUCAGUUAACAUUUACAUUCGGCAAUUUAUCUAUUACGCAGCAUCUCAUCUGCCUGUAAGGCCACUAGACCCAGAGUCGCUAAAGCGAAGCGGUGAGCUCAGUUUUCCCCUUCCAGCUGGAGUAGCUCAGUGAUCCCCGAUGAUGACUGCGAGGACGUGGGCCCAUGGCUUAGCUGUUAGAACUUCUGAGUCAAAUGGUCUGGUCAAGCAGCCGGGGUUUAACUCUUACGUCCUUUCGGCCUGGAAAUGCAUAACGAGAAACCGGAGACAGAAUGUAUGCGAGAUCUGUCGGUUUUACGCUCUUUAUCGUUCUCGGCGACACUUCUAGAUUUUUUUGAGUUUUGACAGUUCGAUUGUCAUGAACGACGAUGUCCACCUUGUGCCGCGCAGCAUAUCGAGCGUAGGUACGAUGGAUUUCACGUGAAUUAGCUUACACUGGCAGCGGACUUGCACUGCACCUGUCUCACUCUCUCCUCCCUGAGCCGGGCGUCAGUCAAGAAGAUCGGAGACCAGAUCGGGCCAAACAGCCGGUUUGCGCACACCAAACACGCCUGAUCCGCACACAACGAAUCUGGAUUUGGCUAACACCCUCAUGACAUUACUUUUUAGUAUGUGAUUCCCUUUAUUAUUCCUUCGCAUGCGCCCCGUUUCGGACAUCCUAAGCUGGACCUCGGAUGAGAAGGAAAGUCUAGCAGGGAGGAUUAUACCACACCUAGGCCGAUACGCCUACAACAUCGCAGUUGGUAGUGUAUAAUUGUCGACAGCAGCAGUAUUGUAUGAGGGGCGGAGAACCAACAUAAGGAGGCUAGGGCGCAAGCAGCCCGCGCUUUGAAAUCGACGAGUCGUGCGGCUGUUGAUAAAAGACGUAGACUGUGGUGCCUAUCUGGUCAUUCAUCCCUCGGUAGGUACAAAGAACCAGAAGUUACCUAUUUUCGUAAAUUGGGGAUGUGCUGCCUUGACGACACUGAAUCAAACUAAUCUAUACUUGCUCUGUUACCCAGUAGCUAAACUAUUCAGUGGGCCUCCUUCAAAUAGCCCCCGUGGUGCGUGUGGGAGUUAUUUACCCUGUAGAGUUUCAUUCGUCCAGGGGAUUAUGCAGACAAGCCGGCCCUCUGUGACCUCUCACUUUACGCUCGAUCCUCAAAUGCCAACGACCAUCUGGCGCACUAUCUGUAUCAGGUAUGGCCUCAGGACGUCAGUUCGUUUUCAUUUCCACCCUGUCACCACGGCGACGACAAUAAUGCGGGGGGGGGGUUAUCGAGCGACAUGAGGGUGUGGGCAGAUUCAGCCUCAGCCAGUGGGAUGGGUGUGCGGACCCACCUCGUAUGAGAAAAUUACAUCGAAUCCUAAGUGGGCGACUUCCGCUCUCCGUCAGUCGGGACCGGAAUGCUCUUGUUUUGUGUCGCCACGGUACGCAAGUGGCAUUCCGCAGUCUUAGCAAUCGGAGUAGUAUUAGUAGUUUUGGUGAAGUGGAGCUCGCAGAUCACGUUACGGGACAUGCUCGUCCUGUUGAGCCCUGCAGGCAAUUGCCUAGCGGCUAGUAAUAAUUCAAAUAAUGGGGCAUCAACAAAUAAUUAAUAUUUCUCAUCACAACCGACAGGACAACCAGCCCGCGGUGCAUUGGUAGAGCGUUGGACUCAAUGACCAAGGAUUUCGGGCUCGAAUCCCAGGUGGUUCACACUCGGAAUUGGGUAUGACUGGCUAAUAAGUCAGAAAUGGACGCUUCAGUCUCCCUUGUCUUUGUCGGCACUCUGUUAACUGAGUAUCAGUAGUGUUUGUUGUUGUACUAGCAGCAAUGGUAGGAUGGCUUUGAUAGUGACUUAUAAGACUGAGAGCACUCGACUCGUCGGCACAACUUGCUUCCUGAUAGUUGACUGCCUCGCUCGCCUCCGACCAUGUCAUGUUGAUAACAUGGAAGAUCCAAGGUUGACUGGGUAAUCUACCGUCUAGAGCCUUAUGCUACUCACAACGAGGAAUAUAGACUUCUGCGGUAUUAAGCCCUUCGGCAGCCUUUGGGUGUUCUCAGCGUUUAGCAUAGACCUAAGGUCCGACAUUCAGUGACCAUGCGGUGAAGGGCAAAUUACACCUCUUCGAAGGACCUUUCAAGUACGGCAUCGUCAUCGGGCUAGUAGAAAGUCGAGACAAUAGUUUAUUUUCAAACCAUAGUCCUUCUUAUAGCAGCCUAGCGGUAUCCAUGAGCUCACCCAUUGCACAACAAGGACAAGGAACGGAAUUCUUUGUUGUUGAGGGCAAGCAUUAACAACAACAAUAAUGACAUUCUCCGUUUUUAGUUUCUUCCCCAGUGCACCGGUGGGAGAUAAAGCAGGCAGCAAAGUAUCCAAUGAAGACAAUGUGGUCGCUGAUUGAAUGUCCACUUUCGGCGUAACCGCAGCCGGGGCGGGGGGAAGUUCAUUUUUGGCCCAUGCGUGUAUGCGUUAUAGGCGACAGACUGCUGGCAUUGUGGCACUUUGGUUUGCCGCAUCUGUUAAAAACGUCCUAGAGCGUGGUUGCCAUGACGGUAUUCGGUGGCCUCAGACCACCAUACACACGCCUCUUCGCUGGUAACACAUCCCUAUACUCAUACUAGCCUUACAGGGUAGAUCUAGUUCCUAUACUUCAAACUGGCCCAAGGGAAGUUUGCCAAAUGCCCCUGACGUCGGACACAUCGACUCACGCCGCUGCGGGUCGUCCUUGACGUUGCUGAACAGUUCAAUGCUCUUUCAGCCAAGUGGCGCGUACCAUGGCCCUUCGCUCGUCCAGUAAACCGAUUGAGCCGUGCCUUCCUAGACAGAGAUUCAGCGGGGCGGCUUGGCUGAGAUGAUUUCCUGUAGUGCUCGCAUUCAAAUAGGAAUCCUUCAAUUCGCCCAUCCAGCACAUCACUUUAUGGCCUGGGAUUGUGUCGAACGCCGGCGCAGGCCUUAUUUGACUACGCACAGUGUUUGCUUCGUCAUAAUACGGCUGUGGCUUGUGAUCUUGUUAUAUGUGACCACUUUAUCAGGCCAGCGCCCAGCCACUUCUGAGGCUGAGGCAAGUGAACGCUCUGCGACUGCUUAUUUAAGUCUUCCGGGACUGUCUGUCUUCUCGUGGCAUCCAUCGUUGAUGAUCCACACUAAAAUGAGAUGCACGUUAGGCACACAUUUCAUAAUUUCGUGAGUGCUUUCGGUGUUAUAGGAUUUUGGAGUGUUGUAUGCGUGGUGCAUAUGUUGGUAGGGGAAUGUGUGGUGAUUUGGUCGUGUUCGCGAGUUUUCAUGAAUGUGUAUGUGGCCGAAAAAGCCCAUUUGGUGUCUGAACGCACUGGGGCAAUGCGGCCAAUUGAGGCGAGUGCGUGUGGUGGUGUACGUUUGUGCACUAGGCACUGGUUUGCGAUGGAAUCGUAACUGUGACUGACCAGGCCGACACGUCAGGUGAAAGUGCGGUGACAGUGUGGGCAGGAGCUGUAGAGUCGGUUUAGGGGAAGAUGAUGGUGGUGCUGUUGUUGACGGUGGGCGCGCUGGACGAUGGUUAAAUGGUUGUGCUGGUGGUAAUGAAUGUGCAAGUUGAGCUAGGUGUACCCUUACUGCAGUGUAUUCCGCAUGUGACCGAAUAGGCCCAUGCGGUGAAUGAGUGUGCGCAGACAGUAAGGGCGGAUGCGGCGAGUUUAUGUUGAUUCUCCAGGCGCUAGCUCGCUAGUCUCUGUGCGAUGGAUUCACAAGUGAGCGACCGGGCCGAUGCGUGAGGCUUAUGUGCGUCGCAGUGAGGAUAGGUUGGGACCAAGUCUACAUCGACGGAGGCGGAGGUGGUGAUGAUGAAUGUGUUGGUUGUCAGGGCGUCAGAAUCAUUUUGGUUGCUGACAGUGGUGGUAUCAGUCACUAUCGGUCAGUAUAUUUGGAGUAAACGACAGAAGCCCUGAAAAGUCCAUUGCGAAACUUUUGCUUGCAGUUUUAGUAAGGAGAAUUCAAAAAUCUAAUAAUGGAACAUAAAUGCGAAAGGGGUAUGGUAUUCGCGAAAUGAUUGCGCAAAACUUUGUUCAUCGCUUUCGGACUGUGAAAAUUUCCAUAUGGGUUAAGUUUGACGCACAUAAAAGGAUCUAUUGAAAUCGCGUCAGUAGUAUAUUUAUAGUCAUUUCAGUAAGCCGUUAAAUUAUGUUUCGGUAGUUCGGGUUGCCUUUCAGCAGGUGAUUUGGUUGUGUUCGUCGUCGCCGCGGCAAUUUUGGCAUGGGUAAUGAAGGUGGUAGUGGUUGACGGCAGUUUGACACGGGCAUUCGAAGCAACGUUGGUGAGGGUGGACACCGCGUCGAGAUUUAAGCAGGUGGGGUCGUGGAGGCAGCAAUUGCGGUCGUCGGGCGAUUGAUGCAUUGCAUCUGGAGACGACUGACGAGGCCGACCCGCGCGCGAAGUGUUCGAUGACAUCGCGGGCACGUUGGGUGGGGUUGAGUGGCGAUGUUGCGAAUCGCAGGCGCCUAAGACUCUCGAGCAUCCCUUUUUAGUUUUGGCGGCGACGAACCGGUCUGCCUUGUAAAUUGGCUGCGCCAGUCUUCACUUAUCUCCUCCAAGCCGGUCUCUUCUGGGCCAGGUUCUCUCAGGUCUCCGGCUUGAUCUGCGAUCGGUUUAGAGAGUUCUUCAAGGUGUCCUUGUAGCAUCGUUCCGGUCUUGCCGGUCGGCGAGUACCCGUGGCGACAUCUCCCUAGAAGAGUUGUUUUGGUUGGCGAGCGUCGUCCAUUUUCAUCAGAUGGCCGCUCCGUCGCGGUUACAGUUGUCUCAGCAUGGCGUGGAUGCUGAGAAUUCUAGCCCAUACCAGGACCUCCGUGUCUUGAAUCUUGUCAGCACACACACAGGCCUCGCCAGUAACCACUGCCGCCCUAUACUGACACUCACUGUUCUAUGUGCACAAUAAAACCAUUCGGUUGUUCUCGGUCUUCUCCUUCUAAUCGGGACUUCACCUGAUGACCGUGGCGCUCCGAGUUCACCUACUAUUUUAGACGUUGCUGACCUGACUGUUGCUCUAGAAAUGGUAGAGCGUGACCAGGUCAAAGCUCAAGAUGAUUGCCAGCUUCGGCCCAAAAUAGGGUGGCCUAGACACGUCUUCUUCACAUUUUUUGUCCCGAUAUCAACUGAUUUAUUCCGUGUGCUCGACAUGGGCGACCGAGACACGGCAGUUCAAUAUGCAUUUAUGCACAUUCUUGUUACCUACGUCCCGACGGCAACCGCUUCAGUCUGUGUGCUUGACUUGCGACCUCCUGUCGUUGUCAGUCACGAUCAUUCCCCUGACCUCAUCCUCAUUCUCUUUAGGAGUUUAAAUGCUAGGUCUAUAUGUUUUCUUUUUCUCUCCAGCUUUCUGUGUAUUUACAAACGUCCAGCUGGUAACGGGAAUUUCAAUUUAAUUUACUAAAAUAAAGUGCCUACUCAAUUGAUGCUAAUAGUAUGACAUUCUUUACCCUAGUGGAUUCAAUGCCGGCACGCUUUUGGAGAGCCUGCAGGCCCCGGACUGGAUGCUUAAGCCCUUUCAGAUGGCGGGUGGCGCCGUCGGCACCUGGGCCUCGGCCUAUCUGCUCUACAAGACUGUCACUCCGCUGCGCUAUCUCUUUACACUCUGGCUUACCCGGAUCAUUGUACACUAUUUGCGCGCUACCGGUCGUAUCCCCCCGUUAGCCGAGAAGGAUCGCCUAAGGAAUCUGGCCCGCGAGGGCACCGCUCUCACACGCAGUCGUCUGAAUGGGCGGUUAAGAGCCUCGCGUCAACGCACUGUCAACCGCCUGCGCAGCCUGUCACCCCUCAAACGUCGCAAAUGA